AUGGCAGCCGCAACAGCAGCCGCCUCACUCCGCCUCGCCUCGGUCCGCAGCGACCCCUCGUCCUCGUCCGAGUUCGUCUCGUUCAAGGCGACGAUGAGGCUGCCAAUCGCGCCAGUCUUCGCUGGAAAGGGUGACAACAUGUUCCCGGGCCACGACGGAGGAAUGGACGGCGUCAGGGAGGUCCUCGCGGGAUGGGUUAUGCGCUACCUGCCGCCCAUUCGUGCCGUCCUGCUGUCCUUCUCCCCGACUCCUCGCUUCGUCCACCCCGCCGCUUCCUUCCCCGCCGCCCUCUGCCCCUUCGAUAACCUUCAUUCCGUGUCCGCUAAGGACCCGCGAUCACUGCUCUCUUCGCCUCAACCCGGCGCCGCAAACGGAGACGAAGACGACGAGGAGCAGGAGGUUGUUCGGCUGAAGACGCUGCCCAUGGUCGACGGUAGCGGCUUUACUCUCGCAAAUGUGGAGUGGGAAGGUGUCGGUUGGCGACCACGAGUGGGGAUGAAAGUUGUCGGCACUCUCACCCUCGCCACACCCUCACACGUCUCCCUUCUUCUGCACAACCUCUUCAACGCCUCUAUUCCCUCCUCUCACAUCCCCACUUCGACCUACGAGUACGAUCCCGAAUGCCCCGUCCCUACCGUCGUGAUGGAGCGACGGAACGCGAUAGUACCGCUUGCGACGAAUGUUGCGAAGGUCGUUGCCAAGGCGGAGAAGCGUGAGGAAGACGAGGGAGAGGAGGACGAGCACGCGGAAGAAGUGAAGGUCAAGGAGGAGGAGGAGGAGGGCGCGUAUGCGGAGAAGGGAUGGUGGGUUCACCGCAAGUCGCGAGAACCGCUGGGCGGUGCAGACGGUCGCCUGGAGUUUACCCUCGUUGAUUUGACGAACACGAACUCGCUCCUCUCCUGCACCGGCUCCCUCCUCGCCGACCCCUUCUCCCCCUCUGCCAUCGCCGCCAUCCGCUCAUCCAUCUCUACCGCCUCCGCGCCCACUGCCUCCUCGACUCUGCUCAAGAAGGGCAAGAAGCGUGCGCGCGACUCGGACGACGAGUCCGACAGCGACGCUGAGGAGGAGAGCGAAUUCGAUGGAGACGACGACGACCGUGUUGGAACGGGCAUUCCGCGACCUGGACGGGCGACGGCGGCUGGACAGGGCAUCGCAUGGCGGAAUGAGGAUUCGUCUGCUUCGGAGGACGAGGAUGAGGAUGACAGGGAGAGCAGCCGGUCGCCUGAGCCGGAGGUUGCGGUGCCGGUUGUCAAGACGGCCAAGGCAAGCAAGAAGCGGAAGGCGGAGAAGGUAAAGGAGGAGGAGGGAGAGGGGAAGGUGAGGAAGAGUAAGAAGGCGAAGGUGUAG